AUGGGCAAUGCGCUUGGCACGAAGAAGACACUAAAGGAACAGCUUCGCGAGAACAAGCGCGAAAUUAACCGUGCUGGCCAGAUUGCUAGUGUCAAGAUCAUGGCCAAAGACCUAGUACGCACGCGACAGCAUAUUACCAAGUUUUAUACCAUGCGCUCACAGCUUCAGGCUGUAUCACUGCGAUUAGAGACAGCAAGUUCAGCGGAGGCCAUGACAUCGGCCUUGCAGGGGACGACUACAGCCAUGAAAGCCAUGGCGUCGACCAUGAACCUGCCGAGACUAAACCAAAUCAUGAUGGAAUACACCAAGGAAAGCGAAAAGAUGGAGAUGACCCAAGAGAUGAUUGGUGAUACGAUUGAAGACGUUAUGGAAGCUGAACAGGACGAGGAAGAGGAGGACAAGAUUGUUGGACAGGUGCUGGACGAAAUAGGUAUCGACAUGACGGGAGCAGUGCCUGAGGCACCUACAGCUCAUGCUGCACCUGCAGCAGCAGCUGCCGUCUCAAAGUUAAUGGUGCCGCCAGUUGUUCCCGUGGCUGCAGGAGGAAGUGAGCCGACGGAUUUGGCCAUUUGUGACCUUGAGGCGCGACUGAACAAUUUGCGACGGUCGGGAUAG